AUGUCUAUCGCCAAGAUCUACGACCUCCAGACCCCCCGAUACACUUCUAUCAAGGCCCUCAUCAAGCACUUCAAGCUCGAUGUUGAGGUUGUCCCCAAGGACGCCGAGUUCGAGAAGCUCUUCCCUCUCAAGAAGGUCCCUGCCCUCCUGACCGCCAACGGCACUCCCAUCCACGAGUUCGUUGCCGUCUCCUACUGGCUCCUCUCCCAGAUCCCCAACCACCCUCUUUGCGGAAAGAACAAGGACGAGGAGGCUGAGGUUCUCCAGUGGGUCUCUUUUACCAACUCCGAUAUUGCGGAUGCCACCUGGAACGUUUUCGGCCCUCUCAAGGGCUACCUUCCUUACAACAAGAAGGCUGUCGAUGCUCUCUCUGACAAGCUCGACCAGACCGUCAAGGCUACCUUUGAGGCCCACCUCACCAAGAACACCUACCUUGUCGGCGAGUCUGUCACUUACGCUGAUAUCGCCGCUGUCGGCCUGAUGUCUCUUGGAUUUGCUAACCUCUUUGACGCCAAGUGGCGAGCUGCCUACCCCGCUACCACCCGAUGGUUCACCACCGUCGCUGCCAACCCCAUCUACUCUGGCACCGACUUUAACCUCUGUGAGGAGCGAGUCAAGUACGUCGCCCCCAAGAAGGAGGAGCCUAAGAAGGAGGCCAAGAAGGAGGCUGCCCCCAAGGCCCCUGCUCCCGCUGAGGAGGCUGCCCCUAAGAAGGCUGCCCAUCCUCUUGCCGCCCUCGGCCCCGCCAAGGAGCCCAUUGACAACUGGAAGCGAGUCUACUCCAACGAGGAUACCCGAGAGAAGGCCAUCCCCUGGUUCUGGGAGCACUACGACCCCGAGGACUACUCCCUCUGGAAGGUUAAGUACAAGUACGACGAUGAGCUGACCCUCACCUUCAUGUCCACCAACCUCAUUGGUGGCUUUGUCAACCGACUGUCUGCCUCCACCAAGUACAUGUUCGGUACCUCCGUCGUUUACGGAACCAACAACGACAAUGGUAUUAUCGGUGCCUUCAUGAUCCGAGGCCAGGACCACGUUGCUGCCUUCGACGUUGCCCCCGAUUGGGAGUCUUACGACUUCGUCAAGCUCGACCCCUCCAACCCCGAGGACAAGGAGUUUGUCGACAACAUGUGGGCUUGGGAUAAGCCUGUCGUCACUGCCUCUGGCGAGUCCAAGGAGAUUGUCGACGGUGCUGUUCUUAAAUAA